AUGACGAGGAAAAGGGCAUCUGUCUGUGUUGGUAACAAGAGGAAGAAGAAUAAGAAGAAGAGAAUUAUCGAUGAUGAUUCAGUAAACUUAAUGUAUUCCAGGGAAACGAAUGAUUUACUAACAUCAGCACAUUUCAAAACCCCAAAUGAACUAGUAGGGUAUUGCAAUGGUUUGAUUUGUGUUAGGGCAAUGAGCAACGACAAGGUAGAAAGAUGUCGGAUAACUGUGAUUAACCCGGCACGGAACGAAACACUGUCCCUCUUUUAUUUGAACCCUAUUACGACUCGUGGUGGAGGUAACGGCAUUGGACAAUAUUUAUGUCAUGGUUUUGGUUUUGAUUCAUUGUCACUGCAAUACAAGGUUGUAGUUAUCCAUACAGUACCAACAACAAUAACAGUAGAAGCAAAGGAGGAGUUUGUUUGCAUGGUUUAUACAUCUGGAGUAACUACAUGGAAAAGGAAGGUCAUUAGCAUUUCUGAAAUCACACCACCAGCUUCUUCUUCAUUUCCGCUGCCUAGACGAAGAAUAAUGACAAGAGUUCGGAGAGAAUGUAGUAGAUCAGGCACCCUUUGCGGUGUUGAUCUUUAUUGGAAGAUAACUAAUGACAUACAAGAAGGAGGGGAUACAACAGUCAAUGAGGAGGAAAUGUUGCUCUCGUUUGAUAUCCGCAGAGAGAAGAUGCAGUUCAUUUGA